AUGAUUGCAUGCAGGCUGGAGCUCUUUGAAGGACUUCACAUCAAGAACUGUGUUUGUUUUUUCAACAGAUGGCCAAUGUACAACCAGAACAAGCAGACACCUACAAAUGCUUUGCAGCUAAUGAGUUUGGAAGAGCAGUGGUCACAGUGGUCCUCAAUGUUAUUGAAGGUAAGAGGCCAGAUGAAAAUGUUUGCUAUGGAAAAGAGGGGUAG